AUGCAUCGGUUUGUUCAACGUCGAUUCGCCUCCAACUUUGCUGCUGGUUUCGCUCCACCUAAGGGCAGUCGUGAAACACCCAAGAUCGUCACCAAGCGUCGCAAUCCCAGCACCUCGCUUCCUUCGCACUUGGGCAAUCCCGAUAAAUCAGUACCUAAUGCACAGUCCUUAAGCCCCAAGCAACAAUACCGUGAACAGCUUCGUCAGACGCGUCAUCGCUAUGCACAAGAGUUGCUCGGCAAGCAUGGUCAACGUGAAGCAGCAGCAGCUACCAAGCGUGCCGAAAACGAAGCUCACAUGCAACAAGAAAAGCAAGCCUUGGCCCUUGAACGUCAACAAGCCCAACAACACGAAGCCGAGAUCACCAAACUCUUAGAUUUGCAGACUGGCAAUGUCCAUUCCAAGGAAGCGGUUGCUGCUCGUAAGGAGGAACGUCAAAUGCUUCGACAACAAAACCGUCAAACGCAUGAUGCUCAUCUUGCUGCUAUGCGUCGCAAACAUUUAUUGAAGUUGUAUCGUUCAUCCGAAUCCUUUGUCACCUUGGAGAACUUGGAUGCCAAGAUUGAUGAGCUUUUGGCUAUGCCACCCUUCCGUUACAAUUACAUCAGCAACAUCGACGAGUUUAUGCAAACCAGAUCCUCCAGCGCAACCGAGAUCGAAAGGAGAAAGGAGGUCCUCAAGGAAGCCAUGGGAUUGUAA